AUGGCGAAGGCUAAGAAGAUUGAAUGCUCCGGUUCAGAGUGUAAAGCCGAUGAAGCUUCUGAAAAAGCUUCCAAAGGGGGGGGGGGAAGAUUUUUGUUGGGAAAUUGGGACAAUAAUGAGGAGGCACUUCAAAUGGCCAUUCUGUACUUCAUUCAUACCUUUCUUUUUUCUCAACUUGGUGAUACAACCAUAUCAGUGGAUGAUUUUAGAAUGAUUGAGGAUGGUCGGUAUGAGCAUUUCCCAUGGGGUCAACUCGUAUACUCUAAAUUGAUGAGAAGUAUGAGAUUAGAAUUUACAACUGUUAAACAGUUGUACCAUUUGGGAGGCAUGCCCUACGCAUUAAAUGCAUGGAUGUAUGAGUGUGCAUCAGUAGUACACCCGAAUAUUGCAGUUAUAGAGGAAAAUCAGAUUCCAAGAAUAUGUAACUGGCGAGUGGUUGGUCUUAAGCCUAAAUAUGGAAUAUUUAUGUCUAGCAUCAUUAGCGAGGUGGAUUUUUGUUGCACUAAGGUUGAUCAAAAGUUUAGUGAUCUUGAGAGUUUAAUCAAUUCAAACAACCGCAAGAUUUGUGAUUUUGAAAGUUUAAUCAAAUCAAACCACUCUGUAAUGUUGAAAGCCAUUGGCAAGGAAGUUGACUCGUUAAUGAAGGACAGGCCUGGAACAUGCAAUCCGAAUAGGAAAAAUGAUUUUGAUGGUUCCGGUAGGACAGAUUCAUCUUUUGAACAAUAUUCCCCAACAAGUGUUGGAGAAAUGCGCAACAAUGAUCCAAAAUUUUCAAAUUUAUGUAACAUUGAAGAACAAGUUCAUGAUCAGGAAUCUAGUGAGGGUUCUUCACCAAACAUUCAGUCAAAUAUCGGGCAUGAAGUAUCAGUAGAAACUGGAAUGGCCACUACAUUUGUACAUGAUAUUGGACAUGGCGAUACAAAUACAAAUCAAAAUAAGAAUAAGUUCACUAAAUCAAAUCCAAUUUCACUUGCCUUUAGAGAGGAUAUAGAUGCCUUUAAUUCAGAAAUCCAUGUUUCUAUCGAUGUUCAACCAUUGAAUACAAUUACUCCUUAUGAUGAUCAGCUUCUCCGUUAUAGUCAGUUGCCAACUACUCUUCCAUGCUUACAGAUUAUUGCUCAUGAUGUUACAAAGACUCGAGCUCCACGCUUUACUAUCUGUGAUGAACCUCCAAGGGAAAUACUCUCAGAAUAUUCCCAAUGGAUAGACAAAGGCCUUUUAAGAAAUCAUGCAACGAACUUUGGAAAAAUUGACUAUGUUGUUGCAUAUUCCAAGGAAAAAAACUGGUUUUAUUUGAUGUCUCAGCCAAAGAAAUGCUGGAAUGAUGAGCACAUCGAUGUCAUAUUUUACUACCUUCGCAAGAAAUCAAAACUUCAAAAUGGUAACCAUUACAGAUACACUACAACAAAUUGUAUCUUCAAGGAUUACAUUAACAUGGCACAUGCAAGGUACUAUUCAAUUAAUCAAGAUUUUAGUACACAAGAAGAUAUGGCACGUGGUGCUGAUGUAUCUAGGCUUGAGAGGUCAGUUACCAACAUAAUAAGAGGUUUGUUUAUUCCUGCCGGUCUGCCAUGGUAUUUAGUCGAUGAUGUCUACAUCCCUGUGAAUUGCGCUGGUGAUUAUCAUUGGGCUUUGUUAGUAGUUGUAUUAAAAGAGAGGCUUAAAUGUGUGUACGAUUCAUCAAUGGGUUCAAGAAAAAAAGAACCAUAUGUUGAGAUACAAAAGUUGGCUCAAAUGUUGCAAACGUAUAUUGUCGACAAUGGGUUGCUUGAAAAAUCAGAUCGCACUGAUUGGUCUGUUCUUGAUACUUACAAGGACAAAUCAAUUGGCAUGCUACUGGACUAG